CUGACAAAGUGAAAGUAGAUUGUGUUUUACAUGCGCCAUUUUACACCUGAUCAACUUCCAUUAAAUCAGCAAAACUGAGCAAGAAUUUGUCUAAUAGUAUUUAUUUUUUCCGUUGCUUAUGCAGGAAUUUACAUGUACUUGAUGGGAAACCAUGAACAUUGUGAGAAACUGAGUCUAGAAGACUAACAUUUCAGUCAAGAUUUACCCGUGCAGCUCCAUGAAGACUGAGUGAAUCAUGGACGACACACAAACACCGACUGGACAUUUUUCUCCAGAAUGCAGACAAUCACACAGUCAGAGAUCAAACCCACCAGAGUCCAGCUGUGUGUCCAUGAAGAGUGACCAGUCUAUGGAAAAACCACUAAAAUUUAAGGGAAGACACACAUCAACUGAUCUGAGUCAAUUACACAGUCAGAGAUCAAACUCACCAGAGUCCAGCUGUGUGUCCAUGAAGAGUGACCAGUCUGUGGACAAACCACUAAAAUUUAAGGGAAGACACACAUCAACUGAUCUGAGUCAAUCACACAGUCAGAGAUCAAACUCACCAGAGUCCAGCUGUGUGUCCAUGAAGAGUGACCAGUCUAUGGACAAACCACUAAAAUUUAAGGGAAGACACACAUCAACUGAUCUGAGUCAAUCACACAGUCAGAGAUCAAACUCACCAGAGUCCAGCUGUGUGUCCAUGAAGAGUGACCAGUCUGUGGACAAACCACUAAAAUUUAAGGGAAGACACACAUCAACUGAUCUGAGUCAAUCACACAGUCAGAGAUCAAACUCACCAGAGUCCAGCUGUGUGUCCAUGAAGAGUGACCAGUCUGUGGACAAACCACUAAAAUUUAAGGGAAGACACACAUCAACUGAUCUGAGUCAAUUACACAGUCAGAGAUCAAACUCACCAGAGUCCAGCUGUGUGUCCAUGAAGAGUGACCAGUCUAUGGACAAACCACUAAAAUUUAAGGGAAGACACACAUCAACUGAUCUGAGUCAAUCACACAGUCAGAGAUCAAACUCACCAGAGUCCAGCUGUGUGUCCAUGAAGAGUGACCAGUCUGUGGACAAACCACUAAAAUUUAAGGGAAGACACACAUCAACUGAUCUGAGUCAAUCACACAGUCAGAGAUCAAACCCAUCAAAGUCCAGCUGUGUGUUCAUGAAGAUCAACUGGUCUAUGGAAAAACCACUAAUAUUUAAGGGAAGACACACAUCAACUGAUCUGAGUAAGUUACACAGUCAGAGAUCAAACCCACCAGAGUCCAGCUGUGUGUCCAUGAAGAGUGACCAGUCUAUUGACACACCAUUAAAAUUGAAGGGAAGACACACAUCAACUGAUCUGAGUCAAUUACACAGUCAGAGAUCAAAUUCACCAGAGUCCAGCUGUGUGUCCAUGAAGAGUGACCAGUCUAUUGACUUACCACAAAAUUUUAAGGGACAACACACAUCAACUGAUCCGAGUCAAUUACACAGUCAGAGAUCAAACUCACCAGAGUCCAGCUGUGUGUCCAUGAAGAGUGACCAGUCUAUUGACUUACCACAAAAUUUUAAGGGACAACACACAUCAACUGAUCUGAGUCAAUUACACAGUCAGAGAUCAAAUUCACCAGAGUCCAGCUGUGUGUCCAUGAAGAGUGACCAGUCUAUUGACUUACCACAAAAUUUUAAGGGACAACACACAUCAACUGAUCCGAGUCAAUUACACAGUCAGAGAUCAAAUUCACCAGAGUCCAGCUGUGUGUCCAUGAAGAGUGACCAGUCUAUUGACUUACCACAAAAUUUUAAGGGAAGACACACAUCAACUGAUCUGAGUCAAUUACACAGUCAGAGAUCAAACCCACCAGAGUCCAGCUGUGUGUCCAUGAAGAGUGACCAGUCUAUGGGUGCACCACUAGUAUUUAAGGGAAGACACACAUCAACUGAUCUGAGUCGUGACUCUCAACUGGUCCAAAGCAGAUUCAAAUCAAAUCUGCUGAAGAAGUUUCAGUGUCUGUAUGAAGGAACAGCAAAGCAGGGAAACCCAACACUCCUGAAUGAGAUCUACACAGAGCUCUACAUCACAGAGAGUGAAAGUGGAGAGAUCAAUAAUGAGCAUGAGGUGAGACAGAUUGAGACACAAUCCAGGAGAGCAGCAACAGAGGACACACCGAUCAAAUGCAAUGACAUCUUUAGACCUUUACCUGGACAAGACAAACCCAUCAGAACUGUGCUUACAAAGGGAGUCGCUGGCAUUGGAAAAACAGUCUCUGUGCAGAAGUUCAUUGUGGACUGGGCUGAAGGGAAAGAGGAUCAGGACGUCCAGCUCAUAUUUCCACUUCCUUUCAGAGAUCUAAACUUGAUGAAGGACAAAACACUCAGUCUUUCAGAGCUUCUUCAUGUCUUUUUCCCUGAAACCAACGAAAUGGAAAUAUCCAGUGAAGAAUAUAAAGUGCUGUUCAUCUUUGAUGGUCUGGAUGAGUGUCGUCUGUCUCUGGACUUUAAGAGCAAAGUGAAACUGUGUAAUAUAUCUGAAUCAGUCUCAGUGGAUCUGCUGCUGAUGAACCUCAUUGAGGGGAAUCUGCUUCCCUCUGCUCUCAUCUGGAUCACCUCCAGACCAGCAGCAGCUGAUCUCGUCCCCUCUGAGUGUGUCCAUCGAGUGACAGAGGUACGAGGCUUCAAUGAGCCACAGAAGGAGGAAUACUUCAGGAAGAGAGUCAGUGAUCAGAGUCUGGCCAAUACAAUCAUCUCACACCUGAAGUCAUCAAGGAGCCUCCACAUCAUGUGCCACAUCCCAGUGUUCUGCUGGAUCUCAGCCACUGUUCUAGAGAAGAUGAUGAGUAAAGCAAAGAGAAGAGAGAUUCCCAAGACUCUCACUCAAAUGUACACACACUUCCUGAUCAUUCAGACCAACAUCAAACAUGAGAAGGACUGUGAGAAGAAGGUGAAAGAUGAAGACAUGAUUCUCAAACUGGGGAAACUGGCUUUCCAGCAGCUUGUGAAAGGAAACCUGAUCUUCUACGAGGAAGACCUGAGAGAGUGUGGCAUUGAUGUGACAGAAGCAUCAGUGUACUCAGGAUUGUGCACUCAGAUCUUCAGAGAGGAGUUGGGCUUGUAUCAGGGAAAAGUCUUCUGCUUUGUUCAUCUGAGCAUCCAGGAACAUCUAGCAGCUCUAUAUGCUCACAUUUACUUUAUAAACGAGAACAGAAAUGUGUUUGAACAAAUCACCAAACCAGGUAUGUUGUCUAAGGUUUUAAACUGGAAGAAAUGUCAUUCAUUAUCUGAGCUGCAUCAGAGAGCUGUGGAUGAGGCUUUACAGAGUAAGAAUGGACAUCUGGACCUUUUCCUGCGUUUUCUUCUGGGUCUCUCAUUGGAGUCCAAUCAGACUCUCUUACUAGAACUACUGACACAGACAGGAAGCUGCUCCUACAACAAACAGGAAAUAGUUCAGUACAUCAAACAGAAGAUCAGGAAGAAUCGCUCUCCAGAGAGAUCCAUAAAUCUGUUCCACUGUCUGAAUGAACUGGGUGAUGAUUCACUGAUGCAGGAGAUCCAAGAUUAUCUGACAUCUGGAAAAAUAAGAGAAACCAAACUCUCCUCUUCACAGUGGUCAGCUCUGGUUUAUGUGUUACUGACAUCAGAGCAGUUGAUGAAUUAUUUUGAUCUAAAACAGUUUAUAGAAGUACAAAAUACAGCAAAUGAAGUUCUUCAGAAUCUGCUGCCUGUGGUUAAAGAAUCCAGAUCAGUUAAGAUGAGUAAUUGUGGUGUCACAGAUAAAGGUUGUGCUGCUCUGGCUUCAGCUCUGAGAUCAAACCCCUCACACCUGAGAGAACUGAAUCUGUCAUGGAAUAAACUAGGAGACAGUGGAGUGAAGCUGCUCUCUGAUGGACUGAAGGAUCUUCACUGUAAACUGGAGAAACUGUGGUUGAGUAAGUGUGGUGUCACAGAUGAAGGUUGUGCUGCUCUGGCUUCAGCUCUGAGAUCAAACCCCUCACACCUGACAAAACUGGAUCUAUCAAAGAAUAAUCUAAGACCAUCAGGAGUGAAGCUGCUCUCUGAACUGAAGGAUGAUCCACAUUAUAAACUGGAGACGCUUAAGUUAAGAUAGUCUGAUCUUCUCUGGAUCAGCUGAUGGAGAAUAAAGAGCUGCUACAGACACAUCACAUUCAACACAAUCAACAGACACAAAACCACAGAGAUCAUCACACACAUGUGUUUGUGUAACUUUCCAAAAUGCUUCAUCCAGAGUCAAACAUCCAAUCCUUCAUCCAGAGUCAAACAAGGAAACAUUUUGUUUCUUCUUCAGAACUGACAUUUGUACUUUGCACUUUUCUAUUAUGUUUUCUUUAUAACUCUACAUACUUCUAAGAAAUGUUUAUGGGCAGGUUUAGAGGUGUGAGUGGGAUAAACGGCUCAAAAUAUCACUUUAACCCCUUUACGUUCAAGGAUCGGCGACGGCCUCACGUGUGACAUUGUUUACAUUGAUCGCUUGUUUACAAUACAUUUUAUCAAGUAAAAUGAUCAAGUUGAGUGAAAUUUAUCAAGUUGUAUGAAAGAUACAAGAAUGCUGAUUCAACCUGUACAAGCAUUAUACAAUCAAGAUAACUUUAUAGUAGUUUUUUGUUAUUCUGUAUGACCGUGAACAAUUUCCUAAGACAACAAAAGGGAGGGGGCGUCCUUACCUUUUUGUGUCGUGGAACUGUAAUGUUUGGCAGUAUAAUGGUGACAUCGACGUUUGGGAAGAGUUCAGUACACGAUUUCCAUAGUAAAUAUUUGUCCAAAAGCAUGCAAACUGGUAUAAAAAUCAAUAUAACUUCUAUUGUUUACAUCCUAUAAGCACUAUUCACGGGUGCAGUGUCAUGUUUAUUCGACGAACUGUCCACAUAUAGCGCUUUAUUCAAUGAAAUAUAACUUAUCACUGUAUUUAGUAGAGUGUCUGUAAAUGAAUGAGAACAGCCCAGAAGAUGUCCGAUGAAAACUGGACACAUAUACAUGUAUAAAUAAAAAGUGGACAGGCGCUUUCAGUGACGUGUGAUUACGCACAGGCAAAUGUAAGUGGGGAAAAAAGUAAAAAGACAGCAAUGGCAAACUAUUGUGUUGUCAUUAUGUUAGCCUAACGUUAGCCUAUGCAAUAACGAUUACGCCAAUGUGUUGAUUUGCAUAAUCUCGCCUGUAAUGCUUUGUUGUUUAUUGUACGUAAAAAUUUGCUUCCAGGAAAAAUAGCGCGCAAAUAUAAGGGACGCACCUGCUGCCCACUAGCACUCACACUGCUAGCAUAAUCUCGCGUGUAAUACGUUCGUCAGCCAUGGAUCAGCGUCGUGCACAGAAGUUGUUUUCUCCUGCUGCUGCAUUGGAAGAACUUAUGUGAAGCAGUGAUGAAGAAAAUGUGGAUUAUUUGGAGGAGAGUGCUGUAUCUAGCAUCUUGAUCGCAGUCUUGGUCAUUAGCUGCUGGUGUAAAUGUUCAGUAAGGGUAACAUUAGAGUGGGUGUGAUGGCAAAUUGCUUUGUGUAAAUGAUCCUUUGCGUUUGAAUAGAAAAAUUGUAAACUGAUGUAAAUCUGCCAUCAGGGCAACAACAGGGUGGUAUGGCUGUAUAUUGCUGUAUGCAAAUGAUCCUUGGAUUGCAUUUUUCUAAACUUUUAAGAGGAAAAAAAAUAUACCAGAUAUAGUAUAUAAAUUGUGCUUUGUCAUGAUAAAAUGUAUGGAAAUGAUCAAAUAGACUUCUUAUACUUCACAGUAAAAGGUGGUUACCAAGUGUCCCUUUGGCAUCUCCAAGUGGCCUUUUUGGGAAGGUGCCUAGACAUGCACUGAAAUAAAUGGUUGUAAAAAAUUCAUUUUUGCUUGUAUCACCUUCAAAUUUUAAACAUAUAUUGAUUAGACAUAUGGCUUUAGUUUGCUUAUGUUUUCAGGCCCCUAUGUAUCUGCCUUUUGCAUUUUUCCUUUACAUAAACAAUUAUUAUGGAAAAUAUAUAUACAUAUAUAUAUCCAUUGUGUUUGAGCUUUUUUAUUUCUCUAUUAGUAAUUGCUAGAGUAAUUCUGAGUCUUUCAUAGUAAACUGUCAAGUGUCAGCUUGCAAAUGAUACCUUGGUUUUGUGUGUAGUCCAGAGGACUUGUUAGCAGCAACCAUUUUAUUUUGGGUAUGUCAUUUUUCACUACCUGGCCAAAAGUGGGGGUGACUGGUAAGGGGUUAAUACUAAAUUGUUACUAAAAUUGUCAUUUUCGUACACAUUUCCGACCAUUACAUUUUACAUUCUUUUUAUGUUCUCUAUAAAAUGGUUGUUUAGGGAUAUAACAUUUAUCUAUAAAAUGGUAAAAGGGAAAUUAUACAGAUAUCUUUAUGAUAUAAAAGAAUUGUAAAUAUUUUAUUUAUGUAAAACUCUAUUUUAACACUGUAUUUUGUUGUAGAACAGCGCCCCCAUGUGACAUCAGCUGACUACUGCUGCUCUGAGCUUCUCGGAUGAUGAUAGUGAUGUUGAGAUGUUUUAUCGUUCUGUAGAUGAUGUUUUGUCCCGGGACUCUGUGCCAAAUCUAAACUAACAUGUGUACUGCCAUGUUUACCCAUGAAGCCCGUUAGAGAUCAGAUUCUGGACUACAGUGUUACUGCUUCAUGUCCAGAAACUGAGUUCAUGAACUUCAAAUUUUUUUUUUUCUUUUUUUCGUUAUUCUUUUUUUUUCUUUUCUUUUUUCAAUUUUGAAUCAGAAGAAUCUUCUCCCUGUAUAUUCCUAAUCAUCAAGUGUCUUCAUUUAUAUGUGCUUAAGAAAGCAACUUGUUCUAGUGUUUUGCAGAAAGCCAUAUUCAGAAACAUCAUCUGAACACAAACCUGGAUUUCUCCCAGAGAACGCAGAUCAUGUCAUAUUAAACAGUUGUAAAUGGAGAUAACUAAGUGGACAUUCUUACAGGGUUUUGAAGAGUGCGCAUGUGAAUGAAGUGAGGUCUGGAGAAACCUGCACUGAUAGCUCCACAUUAUUUUAAACAGAAUAUGAUUUAAAUAUUUUGAAGGUUGUCAGAUAGUGACAGUAUUCUCUCCUCAUCCUUUUUUUGUAGUGAAAUCACAAAACAAAUGCAAACAAACAUCUCCAAAUGAUCAGUCGAUCUAUCUACAUGAUUCCAGUUGAUCAUGAUCUUCCUUUGUAUCUUACAAUGCUUUAAAAUAUAAUUUGUUUAUUGGACAUAUCACAGCCUGUAAUUAUAUAUCUUUGCAUGAUUGUCUGUAAAUUCUUGUUCAUUUAGUAAGCUAAAUAGCUUUAGAUCACUCACAAGUAUGAAAGUGUUGUCUUAUUCCACAAGAGAAGAAAUGUAAAAACUCUUUUAUUUUUAUUUAUUUAUUUAUUUUACUUUUACUGUAAAUGAGUAAAAAACCUAGUUUGCAACCUUUCAUGGAAUGUAAUAAACAACAAAUUUGUAUAGAUCCAAUGAAAAAGUGUGUGUAUAGGUUGGGGGAGGGGGUCUGACAUGUGGGAAUGGUGAAGAGAGAGAGGGCAAACAGUUUGCAGUUUAGCUCAGUAUUGCCAUCUAAUCAGCCAAUAUUGUCUUAAAUAACCACUUCAUCGUUUUAUAACAUGAGGUUUUGACCUAAUUAUUCAAUCUUGAUUUUGGUGAGAUGUUGCAACACUUUUGUGUGUGUGUGUGUGUGUGUGUGUGUGUGUGUGUGUGUGUGUGUGUGUGUGCGCAGUUUUGAAAAUUACAGUUUUGGACAUACAAGGUAAUAAAUACAUUUAAAAAUAUGUUAAAGUAACUACAAAUGAGCAUGUAAAGCAAAUAUCUUUUUUUUUUAAAUUCUGUUCGGAGCAUUCUGUUCGUGCACAAUGUUCUCACCUUUUUCCCCUUACCUGUUUGCAUCCCUGAUAUAAAGCAGAAUAUUAUUCAAAUCAAUAAGUUUGCCAUCUUCAUGUCUAAACUGUGGCUGGAAUAAAACAUGAAUUAAACGGACGUUGAGCAUUCAGAAAUAAAGUGUGCAUCUUUCCAACUGUGAGAGUGAA